ACUUCUGCAAGGGAACAAGCUCAGAAACAUGAAGUUCAAGACAGUAAGAGAAGGUCAACAGGCUGUGGUGUUCAAUCACUUUGGUGAAGGUCGUUUGAUUAUUGGACCAGAAAGAGUGUUUCUGUACCGGGAAAGACUCCAGUAUUUGAAGUCGUACACCGCUAAUCAGUACGAGUUCUUAGUGCUGAAGGACAAAGACGGAGUUGUCAUACACAAAAGGGGGCCAUGUGAGAUUUUCCACAACCCCAUGAUGUAUGACAGUAUUGUUACCAAAGAUGCUACCAAAAUAGAUGCCAAUCACCUUAUUGUUGUUUACAAGCGUCUGAAGGACAAUGAUGUACAGCGCAGAAUCAUCCAAGGCCCCACAGUGUUUGUGCCAGAAGCAGAGGAAUGGCUCCACCAGUUUUCCUGGCAUGGUUGUGACGCCUCAGACAAGACCAGAAUGAUCCCAGGACACAAUAAGUUUACACAGCUGGCAGUAAUUCCAGAACAGUUUUACUACAAUGUGCGGGAUGUCAGGACUGUUGAUGACACGAUGAUUACUGUAAAGCUCAUGCUUUUUUACGACCUCAAGGAGAUACUCAAAAUGCUGGACACGACCCAUGAUCCUAUCGCUGACAUGAUAAAUGCUGUUUGUGCUGACGUGAUAACAUUCUCAGGGAGGAAUACGGGUGCAGAGAGCGAAAGGGAGCGUCACCCCUGGAUACCGAGGAUGAACCACACAAGGUCAAUAUUAAUUAAAGGACAACAAGAGAUGGAGAAAGCAGAACAGGAUCACAAACAGGAGGUUGAAAACAUGAAACAGGUACAUGAACUUGAGAUGAGGCAGAUGGAACACGAGCAGGCUCUCAAGGUCGCCACAAUGACUACCAGCAGCAACUUAGAUGACCAGAAAGCGAAGAACACUAAACAAGUUGAUCAUCUAUCAAAGUUACGAGACCUGGGUAUGGACGUGACAUUAUACAUAACGCUACAACACACUCCGCCAGCUAAUGAGGAAAUCCGAGUAGCUACCACACCCGCUGGCACAGCAUUAUAAUCAAAACAUUCGCUGCUGGCUGACGAAAAAAUACUCACAGUCGCCAUGAUG